UGAUAUCGCGCAUCGCGGUUCGCGACAUUCGCCGUACUAGCUGCACAGCCACUGAGUUUAAGUCAAACCACUCUGCUCUGCAAUUUGGAAGGAAAGUGAUUGACAGACCAGAAUUGAUCUGUACGAAGGUAUACUUUUCUACAAGUAGUGGACUGCAUCACCAUUUAGCACGAAAAAUUCCCGAAAAAAGGUCAUGAUGGAUGGAAUGGAAGACAGUUCAGAUCUUCUUUCAGAUGAACAAAGCAAGGGUAGGUCCGAUACCGUUGAUCUGAACCUAGAUACAUCUUUGGUCGUGGACAUUUCAGAUGCUUUAAGUGAGAAGGAAAAAGUGAAGUUUACAGUUCAUACAAAGACCACCCUGCCAUCAUUCAGUGACAGUGAGUUUUCAGUCCAGCGUGAGCAUGAAGAAUUUGUAUGGCUUCACACAAUGUAUGUAGAGAACGAGGAUUACGGUGGCAUCGUGAAGUACUUAAAAGAAUGUGCAACCUGA